AUGGCACCCUCUGGUAUCAAGGUUUGUCUCAUUAAGGACUCUGAUGCCAAGAGAACUGCCCAAGUCUUGCCCUACCGCGGGCAGAGCUACAAGGAGCUGAAGCAGCAGUGCCUCCAAAAGAGAACCCUCUUCACUGACCCCGAAUUCGAAGCCAGCAAGCAAUCCUUGGGACCUCCACUGGAAGGCGAGAGUUGGCCCACUGAGGUGGUCUGGAAGAGGCCAAAGGACAUCUCUGGCUCCCGGCCGCCCCAGUUCAUCAGCGAUGGGAUGACUCGGUUCGACGUUCUCCAGAACCAACUGGGGGACUGCUGGUUCCUGGCGGCAGCCGCAUCGCUCACCUUGCACCAGGAGCUCCUGAGAAAGGUGGUCCCUCUGGAGCAGACGUUUGAGGAGGAGGACUACGCCGGCAUCUUCCACUUCCGGUUCUGGCAAUACGGGGAGUGGGUGGAUGUGGUGGUGGACGACCGUCUCCCCACGGUGAACGGAAAGCUGUAUUUUGGAAGGUAUUCCGACGGCGAUGAAUUCUGGAUGCCGUUACUGGAGAAGGCGUAUGCCAAACUGAAUGGUUCUUACGGAGCAAUAAAUGGUGGACACAUGAAAGACGCCUUCGUGGACUUCACUGGUGGGAUUGGGGAGAGAAUUUAUUUGAAAACCUCUAACCCACCAGACCUCUUCAAGAAAAUCCAGGAGGCGCUGAGCAGGAAGUCUUUGAUGGCGGCAGGAAUCCCUCCGCGCAAGGGAGUGAACUACCUACAUGGCCUGGUUCCAAAACAUGCUUAUUCGGUCACAGGGAUCCAUGAGCUCCGCCUGGAAGACAAGGAGGUGAAGUUGCUCCGGCUGCGGAAUCCUUAUGGUGAACAGGAGUGGAAAGGUCCCUGGAGUGACGGUUCAGAAUUGUGGUUAAAGUUGGACUCUGUGCAACGGGAGAAGCUGUGUGUGGCAAAGGACGAUGGGGAAUUCUGGAUGCAUCUGGGUGAUUUUGCGAAGUAUUUCAAUGUCCUGGAUAUCUGCCAUUUGAGCCCUAACGCCCCAGGAGAGGAGGUGGUCCCCUUUUCAUGGAACAGCAGCAUCUGCCACGGGAGCUGGGUCAAAGGACACAACGCCAUCUGGAUGAAUCCCCAGUUCCAUGUUUCGCUGCCGGAACCAGACGAGGCUGAGAAGGGGAAUCAAGGUCAGGAAGCCGAGAGCACCCUCCUCGUCUCCCUGAUGAAGAAGACCCAGCGCAGGAAAAAUAAGGAAUCCCUGUUCAUUCGAUUUGAUAUCUUCAAGGUGCCUGAAACGUAUCUAAAGCAGAAGAGCACAGACCAACGAAGAAGACUUCUCCAAAAUCCCGAAAAUGUCGGCUAUUCUUUCGAACAAACGAGAGAGAUUGCAGGAUGGUUCCAUCUGCCCCCUGGGAAUUAUGUGAUCAUCCCCAGUGCCCCUCAGCAGUGGGAGGAUACCGUCGACUUCACCAUCCGUAUCUUCACCAAGAAGCCACACCAGUUCUCUGAGAUUGACGGGGAAAUCAGUGCCGAGGAGAAAACCCUGCAGGGGCCCAAAGGAGAUGCCUCCGUAGUAGAGUUGACCCUCUCUUUCUCCCAGGUGAUGAGACCACUUAUUAACGGACAAAACCGGAUCCUCUACGAGAUUUUCAUGGAGGAGGCUGGGAAGAGUAUCUUCACCCAGUAUGACUUGUACUUCUGCGGCAGAAUGAACAUCAGUAUGAUUCGGGAGGCUCUGGAAGCUGCAGGAAGAUGCAAACGCCGGGAUAUCAACGGCGAUGGAGUCGUCAACAUGACUGAGAAGGAG